AAUAAAAUGAUAAAUGGUGGCAACAAGGCUAAUUCUCAUAACCUAGAGAAAUGUCAAAUUUAAAUUUGUUUUUUGUUUACUUGUGGAAUAUUGUUAUUUUCUGUAAAAAAUGAAUAAACAGAAAUCAUUUGAUCACAAGAAGAAAUUAGUUAGAAACACAGCUGAAAAGGUAUCCAACGCAAUUGUCCAAGACCAGCACAGCGCCAAAAAAAUUCAUACUGAAACAAAACAAAUUGAAAGCAAAUCAGAAAAAACAACUGACGAAAAACUGUUUGAGUUGCCUCGACUUUACAGUAGUUUACGUUUAUCGAAGAAAAUCGAUGAGGUGAAUUCUCAAAAACCCAAAUCAACAGUUGAUUCAAAGAAAGAUCUAGCAAUAGAUGAAAAGGUGUCAAGGAAAGUGAAUUUUUCCCAUGACCAAGCAAUAUAUAAAGAUUUAAUUCAGUUAAAUUCACCGGUAUUGCAAAAUCAACCCAACACAAUUAAAAAAGUGCCUUCAAUACAAAAGGAUCGAGAACCAAAUCUAUCAAAUUUUAUUAAUGAUUAUACUGUUCAAGAAAGAUUUUAUAAACCAGAGUUGACAGCGAUUAAUAGAACCUUAACUAACACAAAUAACAGUCUACGGUUGUAUAAUGUGUUGCAGAUACAUAAUGAAACAGUUCUGUGAUAUUAGAUAGUUUUUUAUGUUAAGUGGAUUUUUACUGAUUAAAUUAUUGUAUCAAAUAAUAUUUUCUAAAAUAUUUUAUUAUGAUAUUUUAAAUACAUUACACUUACAAUGUCAUUUCAAAAUUUUCAAAAAUAAAAAUUAAUUUUGACUUUUA